CCAGGAUAUCUCAAACGGGCAAAUUAAUAGACAGCGGAUUUCUGUCGGGCUUGGCAAGGCCAAACUCGCGAUUCACGCGUCCCCACCUAAUAAUCGUGACGUAGCCCGACAGAAAUCCGCUCUCUACAAAUUAAUAUUCAUUUUUUCAACGGAAUGUGCUAAACAGCGUGUGUGUGAUUACUGUGUUUAAAUAUGUCGACAAAAAGAGUUUUGUAUGGUUUAGUGGGUCUUUAUAUGACUAUAUCGAUUUGUCAGAGCAGUUACUUUUUGGCGAGGACACAGUGGGGCUACAACCACUACUAUUAUUAUUGUGUAACGAACAGUUCUUUUGCAUUAAGUUGGAUUCAUGAAGAUAUGACAGGGAAACUUGACUAUGUUUCAAAAUAUAUACCAGAACAACGAAAUGGCGAAAGGAAUUAUGACAUCCGAGACGACGAAAUUACCAGAAAAUAUUUCAUGAAACACCCUUGGCGGCUGCAGACUUCGAUGCAGUCCAACUUUAACCACCCAAUUUUAGACGAAAGAUGGGAAGCUAUGGACGUGAUCAGAACGGAAUACGUGGAAUUAAGUUCUGAUAAAUUACUCUACCAACACUUUCAAAACAUAGUUCUAAAGAAAGAGAGCUUCGAUAUUCCCCUUUCCAUCAGGAUCCAAAAAGAAGGUCACAUAUUUCUUUGCGACGGUGAAUAUCCACCGAACUCCCGUUGCUACUGGUUCAUGCUGCAAGCUUUCGGUGGAAUGGGCAGUGCAAUACGAAAAUGCGAAAAAGGAUACAUCCCUUCAGAAGAUGGAAAAUUGCCUCAAACACCUUGCAAUGAACAAAGAGUAUACAAAAACCAUACCGUUGUCCCUACUUAUCUCUCUAACAAAAUGUGGUCACAUUUUGUUUUGUCCAAACAUAAAAAUGUACUGAGAUUUAGUCAGUUUAGUAAUCAAAAAGAACAACUAAUAAUGGAAUGGGAAGAUUACGAUAUUCCCAUAGACGUUACACAUAUUAUAGUCCAUAGCAAAAUAAACAAAGGUCUAUGGAAGAUUCAUAACCUUGAUUUUCUUUAUGCGGAUGCUGCAAGUAGCGAUGUUAAUUUAGGGCCUCCUAUAUUUAGGGCAGAUACAUUUGUAUGCAUUUCAAUGUACGUCACGAUGUGCCCUUCUUGUAAAUUGGUACUAUCUUUAGAGGACGGGCAACAUGUUUUAAAAACGGAAGACUUCGAACUCAAACAUUCAGGUUGGGACCAAAUUAAAAUUAUGACUGAGAACGCCAACACUUCAAACGCAAUAAAAUUAUCAAUAACUACUAAAAGUUCAGACCCAAAACCUUAUUGGGCGAUCGAUAAAGUCAGAUUAUGUAGAGAAAAAGAAUUUCGAAUGUUGAAAUUAAGCGAGAGGGUAUCGUGUCAAUUAAUAUCUGAUUCCGAAGGAGUUACUGAUCUUAAGGGCCAAUCUCAACCCAACCUUAACAGCAAGUGUCCAGAAGAUACGAUUGGGGAAUUUUGUGUACCAUGUCACUGGGUGACUUACAACUGUGAAUACUUAAAAGUUUGCCAAGAGCGGAAGUGCGUUUGUUCCGCUGGUUACUCUGGUUCAGAGUGUCGUUAUAGAUGUGCAAGGAAGACUUACGGUCAUGGGUGUCAAAAACAAUGUACAAACUGCAAGUAUGAGUGUAACAAGGCGACUGGAACGUGUCCAUAUGGAUGUCUCAAAAACUACUAUGGUAAAAAAUGCGAUAUACCACCAGCAAUAUUUGCGAAUCCUCCAGAAAUAACUGAAAUCUUGUACACAGAAGCUAUCGUCAGAGUCUCAAACUUCCAACUUGAAAAUUCUGCAUCUUACCCCAUAACACAAUAUUACACAGUGCAAUACAAAACAGCCGACGCUUCGGAUAUCAACUGGAGAAACGUGAGUGAUCAAUACCACGAAUUCAACAGCACUGGAAUUUUUAAAAUUCUUAAUUUGACAUCAGGAACACAGUAUCUUGUUCGAAGUGUUAUUGUGGGACCAAACGGAAAGUGGAAUAUUAAUGAUCAUUUAAAAGUUAAUAACUUUGCAACAAGAUGCGACGAAAUUUCCGAGGAUGAUAUUAAUAUUGAAACAUCCAAGACUACUGCAAGAAUAUAUUUAUCGGAGGGUACUACACUUACCUGUAAAUCGUAUUUCAUAACGGUAGAAGAACGAGGUGCUGUUUUUUCAAACAGGAGCGGUACUUUUUACACUGAUCUGUUGCCAUACAAAAGUUACACGGUCAGAGUUAGAGGCAUACAAAAAACCUACGAAAAAAAAUUUGCAACCGACGAAAGAGUACCCACUUCUGUUAUGAAUCUUACGGUGACGGCUAUGUCCGCUACGACUGUACUUUUAAAAUGGGUCGAACCGUUCUCCAUAAAUGGUGUUUUUAAACACUAUGUUAUAGAAUACCAAUAUGUGUCUUAUAUGGAUUGUAAUUUUACUUCUUUUGAAUCGUCAAGGAAAUCUCGGCGAGAAACACAAGACACUUCCGUUACGAUCACCGAACUGAUUCCUUAUUCAACAUAUGAAUUUACCGUGUUUGCCUUAAACACCAAAUUUAGUGGAUCACCUGUUUCUCAAAGAACAACAACACCUUAUUGUCGGACAAUCCAACCAGAAGAAACACCCAACAUCGUCCGCAUAAACACUACACAUGAGAGUGCAAGCAUCGUACUGUCUGAAAUAAAAUGUGAAAGCAUUCGAGGCCCACUUACAGUGGAAAUAAAGACUACAUGUAUCAGCGAAUGGUGUCAAAAUAAAAAUACACAACGUAAAAUCGAUAUUAAAACUCUCCCCAAGACUGGCAUCAUUGAAGUUAUAAAUCUGCAAUCCUUUUCAGAAUAUGAUCUAGAAGUUAAGCUAUGUCGCGUAAAUGGAAGUUGUAGUGCACCACAAAAGAAAAAAUUCGAAACAAAGACAACAGUAUCGAAGUCCGUCUCGAAUUUACUUGUCUACACCAAAAAUGCGUCGUCCGUUUCAUUAAGGUGGAAACCGCCUUAUCCGCCUACUGGUGUUUUAAAGAACUAUAAAAUUAAUUAUUUUAUUUAUCGUAAAAAAGUGGAAGAGGAAAUGCAAAUCAGACGGUGCAGGCUGUGGCCUGAGCUUCAUUGUGCAAUAUUAAAUGACUUACCAUCAAAUGCAGAUCUUACAAUUAAAGUUUAUGCAAUAAACAAAGCUGUGAAGGAUUAUAGUCCACCCAAAGAAAUUCAAACCUACGUCAAAACUGGUACCAAAAUUAUGUCAUGUCAAAAUUCUGUUUUCCUAAUGAACAAACACUUCGUAGAGAAAUCCAAGCCUCCGUAUAACUUAAUGCUUAACUGGACUACAAAAAACAACAUGCAGGUAGUAUGGAAACAUCCAAAUGAAACAAAUGGAGAGGUAUCUUACUUUGGAAUUCAAGUCAUUGAUUCGACUACUGACCAAAAGAAAAUAAUUGAUGAACAAAAGUUAAACGUGUCGCGAGAAACAUACAAUUUGACCUAUCACUACCUGGUAGGUACAACUCUAUAUCGAAGUACGACCUUCAUUGAAUUUAUGUGUUCACAAAAGUUUGACGGUUCACUACUCUCUCCAACAACUGAAUACACAGUAGCAGUCUAUGCAUUUAACGGGGAAGAUGGAGAUUCAGCACAACAGAUGACAACGAGUCCAGUUGACGUCCCAAAGUUAUCAGACGACCCCGAAUUCGUCAUUUCAAAUGGUUUACUUAAAAUUCUGGUUUUACCGAACAAAGUCCGGGGAUAUACCCACACCUACCAACUAUUAGUUCUAAGAUCAGACAAACAAAGCAAUCUCGAAUUAUAUCCAAGCUUAGAAGAGUAUGAACUGAAAAACUUGAAAGUCAUUGUGGAGUGUGACCUUUUACAGAUAACAGAAACGUUAGAAAUAUAUGUUGGAAGUCUUCAACAGCAUCCCAGUUGCAAAGAGAAGGAUAAUUCUUUUCUGAAACCAGAAACUACUGACAACAUCACAAUCGUUUUGCAAAAUUUUUUCGAAAAUGAGAGUAGGACUACCAUAUACACGUAUAACCCAGUGGAGAAGAUGAAGCGAGUCGUUGUAAAUCCUAACUACUAUUGGCCGCCUGUGCUAUUAAUUCUAGUACUGGUAGUGAUAUUCUUUGCAUGCUUUCAGGUUGUUUAUUUUUAUAGUAAAUGGUACACAAAGAAGGAUCUCGGAUUUUCAUGCAUAAAUCAUACAUCAGACACUAGAGCAGAUCGUCAAACAAUCGAGUUACCUUUAGUGGACACAAAACAAAAUAGACGAAAAUGCAACAAAUCUCAACAUAUAAACGCUGUUACUGGAAACCUAGACCAUCUUUCAAAAAUCAUUGAACGUAAAAAUUUCCAAAAUUAUACUAAAAUGUCUCUCGACAAUCAGGAUUUGAAGCAACAACAUGAGGCAAUUCUAGAAUCCAUUUGCACCUACGAGACUGUUCAAGUUACGACAGACUUCGUCGAAUAUGUCGACAUGAUUUAUAUUAGCGGUCUUCAAAUUAAUAAAACUUACGCUGUCACCAAAAUACCGACUUCUAAUGAGUACGACGAAUUUUGGAAAACAAUAUGGACGGAGAAUAUUUGCUACAUUGUAUUGUUUGAAGACAACCACACAAACGAUAGAUCCGACGUUAAACUAUGCUGGCCCACCGAAGGCAAAAACGUCUAUGGUGAUGUCACUGUACAAUGUACUACGUCGGAAGCUCAUCACUUGUUUAACCACAACAAAUUUACCAUACGAUUUAAAAACAAAUCUCGACAGAUCGAGCAACUACAUUUCCGCCUAGAGUUAGACGACGGAUUUAAUUUAUUCUCCCUUAAUUAUGUAAACUUUUUCCAAAAAAUGAGCAAAAUUCCACAUUCUUGCCAAUCACCGAUUCUGGUCCACAGCAGUUCAGGAAUGAGGGGGGUCGGUUUCGUUCUGCUUUGUGACAUGUCCUUGAGGACAGCCACGAAAGACGGAGCAGUAGAUGUGAUGGCAAAUCUCAAAAACCUCACACAGUACACGUCGGAGUUGAUGGUCGAUUUCGACCACUACUUAGCGGCUCACACCGUCAUCGCCGAUUGUCUUCGUUACAUUGACACGACCAUAAAGUGCAACGAGUUCGACGUUAACAAAGAAAAACUUUUCGACAAGGCUGAAAUCCAGAAGCAUCUUCAUUAUCUGAGAGAUACUGAGUGGUUAGAUCGAAUAAAAUACGAUGACGAUGAGCGCUACAGUCAAGCGAUCCGUCCAGAAAGUGCAGACGAAUUGCUCCCCGCUCCUUGCACUUCUGAAGACGCUGAUUCUUUCUUGAAACGGUUCAAGAUUGUCAAAGUUCACGGUUUUAAAACUCAGAAAAAGUUUAUAGCGUUGCAUGAACCUAAAGCGAGACCAUUGUGCGACCUUUUGAAUCUAGUACAAGAUGAAAGUGUGGCAGCAAUUGUGACUCUUAACAAAGAGAUUUUCUUGUGGCCUAACGAAAACCACCCAGAGAUAGAAAUAAACGCAGACGUCAAAUUAGAGCAUCAAAUGACAAGAAACUUGAAAAGUUACGAUUGGAUAACUGUGAAAAUGACUACUGCAAUUGUAAAGGCAACUCAAAUUGUUGAGGUUAUAUCUUUAAAGAACUGGCUGACCGCAAUCUCAUCUUUGCCAAAGGCUGAGAAUUUCAUAAAUUUUGUUUGCGAUUCUAACGAGAUUUUGAAAAACGUCGAAAUUGUGCUGAUAACUGACUGGGGAAACGUAACUACGUCUGGUUUAUAUAUUGCUCUUACGCAUAUCAUUCAAAAAAUCAAAACCAAGGGCGUGUGCGAUAUUUGUAGCAGUGUUAGAAUGCUUCGGCGUCACUUUGAGAACUUUGCUGUGGACAAUAAGCAAUACAUGUUUCUCGUAGAAGCAGUCCACAACUACCUGAAAGAAUUUGCUUUAUAUGAAAUGAGAUAAAGUAAAAAAUAUUCGUAUAAUUAUACUUACUUAUAUAAAAUUUUAAUUCAAUGGUAUUGUGAACGUAAACAUUUUGUGCGUUUAUGGUUUCACACCAUUUUAAAUCCCAUUAUAAUUCAAUAGGGCGUCACAGCCGGAUAUUUUAGACCCGCUUACUGCUAACCUACCUGAACAGAGUUUUUCUGGUAGUAGUAUUGUCUCGGCCAUCCCUGACACGCGCCAUAGUUUGCAUUUGCUAAGUUUUAUGAAGGGUCGGCUGUAAAGUCAAAGCCAUAAACGCACAAUAUGUUUACGUCCAGUGUAAGGUAUAUUCACAAUAUUAAAUAAAAUAUCUAAUCUUAAA